GAAGGAAGGCGCUCCCUCCCAUGACGGGAUGGGAAAACUAUGCCUGCGGCCCCUCAUCUGCCGUCGCUGAAGGCAGGACCGAGCACCACCAGAGCUGGACGUACGUGGCGCGGGGUAGAGAGGCAAGAAGACUUGAUGAAGGCCUCCUUCCCAACCCAUAGCCAGAAAGAACAAUUCAGAUGACACUGUUUAAGCUCCCUUGUCACCCGCAGGUGUACACCAUGAUCUCCUGGGUGCUCCUGGCCUGUGUCCUUCCGUGUGCUGCUGACCCGCUGAUCGGUGCUUUUGCUCGAAGGGACUUCCAGAAAGGUGGCCCUCAACUCGUCUGCAGUCUGCCUGGUCCUCAAGGCCCCCCUGGCCCUCCAGGAGCACCAGGAUCCUCAGGAAUGGUGGGAAGAAUGGGUUUUCCUGGUAAAGAUGGCCAAGACGGCCAGGAUGGAGACCGGGGGGACACUGGAGAAGAAGGUCCACCUGGCCGGACAGGCAACCGUGGAAAACAAGGACCAAAGGGCAAAGCUGGGGCCAUUGGGCGGGCUGGCCCUCGAGGACCCAAGGGGGUCAGCGGUACCCCAGGGAAGCAUGGCACACCAGGCAAGAAGGGACCUAAAGGCAAGAAAGGAGAGCCCGGUCUCCCAGGCCCCUGCAGCUGCGGCAGCAGCCGAGCCAAGUCGGCCUUUUCGGUGGCGGUGACCAAGAGCUAUCCACGCGAGCGGCUGCCCAUCAAGUUUGACAAGAUUCUGAUGAAUGAGGGUGGCCACUACAAUGCGUCCAGCGGCAAGUUCGUCUGCGGCGUGCCAGGGAUCUACUACUUCACCUAUGACAUAACCCUGGCCAACAAGCACCUCGCCAUCGGCCUGGUGCACAACGGCCAGUACCGCAUUCGGACUUUUGAUGCCAACACAGGCAACCACGACGUGGCCUCGGGCUCUACCAUCCUGGCUCUCAAGGAGGGGGACGAAGUCUGGCUGCAGAUCUUCUACUCGGAGCAGAAUGGACUCUUUUACGACCCCUAUUGGACCGACAGCCUCUUCACGGGCUUCCUCAUCUAUGCUGACCAGGGAGACCCCAAUGAGGUGUAGAAAAGCUGAGAGCUGAGCCUCCAGGCAGGGACCCAGUUUCUGGGGAUGGGUGCUGAUGGAGGAAGGAAGACCUCUGGACUGGGACUGGGGUCUGUCAGUCUUGGGAGCUUCUAUUCCCUGGCUGGCCUCCUCUGUUGCUGCUUAAAAAAAAAAUCAUUAAAUCCAAUCUUUUGCUUUA